UGCAAAGUCUGCAUGUAAAAGAGGACGUUUAUUUUGAACCAAUGACCAGAAGUUGCAUCCUGUCCGUGUGCCCACGGACUCGACGACGAUCCGACACCUCCACCGGAGGAGUGCGCUUCGAGACGCAUUCGGAGUCGCGCACGUAAACCAGAUGUCAGCAACCUGAGGUUUUCAUCUGGCGCAAAAUCAAACCAACCCUCCUAUUUUUUUCUCUCUCUCUCUCUUCCCUCCCUGGACUGCAGCAAGACACGUCACCGUCUCAAGUUUUUUGAUUUCGUUUUUUUCUUUUUGUUUCUAAUGAAGAAUGGGGUGCGCAAUAUCAGGUCUGGCAGCAAAAGCGGACUUUGGAGGGAGGAGCAGGGAAGAGGAUGCUGAUGCUGAUGCUGAUGCUGCUGCUGCUGCUGCCCAUCCCAGCGAGGAUCAGAUUCAGAUGAUCAAGGAGUCGUGGAGAGUUAUCCGGGACGAUAUAGCAAAGGUCGGGAUCAUAAUGUUCGUCAGGUUGUUUGAGACCCAUCCCGAGUGCAAGGACGUCUUCUUCCUGUUCCGAGAUGUGGAGGAUCUGGAGAGGCUGCGGACCAGCCGGGAACUCAGGGCUCACGGCCUACGGGUGAUGUCUUUCAUCGAGAAAAGCGUGGCCAGACUGGACCAGCUGGAGAGACUGGAGGCUCUGGCCCUGGAGCUGGGGAAGAGCCACUUUCACUACAACGCCCCACCUAAGUACUACAGUUACGUCGGAGCAGAAUUCAUCUGUGCCGUGCAGCCCAUCCUGAAGGAGAGGUGGACGGCCGAGCUCGAGGAGGCCUGGAAGACCAUGUUCCAGUACGUGACCAGCCUGAUGAGGCAGGGAUACCAGGAGGAGAGCGCCCGACAACGCCACCUCACCCUCUCCCCGAGGGACCGACCGGAGAGGAGCAACACGGCGCUAUGAGACGCCUCCUCGCUGGGCAACAACUCCCAAGACUGUUUCUACCACUACAGCACAAGGAAAUGUGUCUGUGUAUAUAGUGUAUUUACUGUCUCGUUUUCUACGUCGCACACGUUUACCAGUUAUUGUUUGCUAUUUGUUUGAGAAUGGACAAAAAAACCAACAUCUCACUCUGAUUUUUAACAAUGCACUUUAUUUCUGAACGUAACUUCUGCUGCAGUCCUCUUCCGUGACACCUGGACUCGGGGGCGUGACGAGACAACACAAAUGGCCGACUAAGUAAAGCGGCUGUGGCUAAACCUGCCUUGUAAUUGUGAUUAACAGAAGUGAAUAUUAUUAGAAUUACAGCCAAUACUAUAUAUCUGUAUUCAGAAAAAAAAAGACUUCCAGUAAAUCUACUUUUAACGUUUUAUGUGCUAUUUUAACUCAUUCGUGAAAUCAUACAGAAACAGCAUCUCUGAAAUGACCACAUUAACUGAAGCUAUGCUGUAUAUUUUAUUGGGGUUUAACAAUGUAAGACGUCCAGUUUUUCAAGGCUCAGUAUGUGGUUCGACAACAAGGGGGGGCCCAUGAAUAUUCAAUGUACUUCAAAAAGUAAAAUAAGAACAAAAUUCUAAUUUGUAUCCAAAAAUCAACCCACAUCCAAUA